AUGUUCUAUAGCGACGUCAUCCUUGCCAAGCGCGGGCCGCUGGCUCGUGUCUGGCUCGCUGCGCACUGGGAGCGCAAGAUCAGCAAGACGCAAUUCCUCCAGACCAACAUCGAAAAGAGUGUCAGUGCCAUCAUGGGCCAGGAAGUCGUCCCCAUGGCGCUCCGUCUUUCGGGUCAGCUCCUGCUCGGUGUCGUCCGCAUCUACUCGCGCAAAGCAAAAUAUCUCCUCGAAGACUGCAACGAAGCGCUGCUCAAGAUCAAGAUGGCCUUCCGCUCCGGUGCCGUCGACAUGACCAGCGACCAGCUCAACAUUUCGAGAAACGCCAUCACGCUCCCCGACAUCCGCACCGACCUCGACAUCCUGCUCCCCGACCAGGCGAUGAAUGACUACGACAUCGACUUUGAGAAGCUCGCUGCCAAGAAGGCCAAGAAGCUCGCCGACAACCCGACUGCAUACACCGCACGCGCCGCCGACAUCACCCUCCCGACCGUGGACUACAGUGCCUUCGAUGACGCUUUCGAUGUCUCUUCCGGCAUCGACGGCAUCCACUCGCAGGACUUUGACCCAGAUGGAGGCCUCGAUCUCGGUCUCGAGGACGAUCUGCCCGACGUCGAGGGUCGCCGAAACGAAGCUGGUCAGCUCGUCGACGAGAACGGCGAUCCUCUUCCGGAAGAUGACUCGCUCAGCAUCGGUGUCGGUCGUGACGCUCCCAGCGAAGCAGGUCGUCAAUCGGUAGCAUCGAUGCUCAACCUCGGCAUGGACAACGACAUCACGCUUGGCUCGGCCGGCGGCUCGCAGGCGCCCAGCAUCGGCAUGCCCGACUUUGACCUCGGCGGCGACGGGCUCGACCUCGGAUUGGGCGAUGACGGGCUCGAUCUCGGUCUCGAUGCACCCAUGGAUCUUGAUCGCCAAGUCACACCGCCACCUGGCGACCACAGCAUGGCCCUCGCUAUGGCCGACAUGACCCCGCGUACCGCCGCGCGCAUCCGCGAUGUCGCCCAACAGCGCCAAGCAGACGAAGCGGCCACCCGCCAGGCCAAAGCGCGCAAGCAGAUCGUCGACGCGCGCACCGAGCUGCCCGACGCCCAACUCGGCGGUCUCAGCCAGGGUCUCAGCCAAGGCGUCGGCCAAGCCGCCAACCUCUCUGACAUCCUCGCCGAGCAAAGCUACCUGCCUCGCUCGCGUGCCUACCUCCGACUGCUCACCAUCCGCGAAGACCCCUUUGCGCACUUUAUGCCCUUCGCCGACCCCUCCAACAAGGACAAGAGCGCACAGUUCAUUGGUCCCGCCGGUCUGACGAGCGAGCUGAGCGAGAUGUUCACCUUUGACCUGGGUGCGAUGCGACGACGACGGGCGGCGGCGUUGGGCGAGGAGGAGGGGCCGAACAAGCGUGCGCGACUGGGCGAGGACAUGUACGACGAUAUGGGUGUUGCGCGUCGUGCCGAGGCAGGGAGGGAUAGUGUUGGCUUUGGCGGGAUGGACAUGGACCAGUCUGGGUUUGAUUUUGGCGAUGGAGGAUUUGACGUGCCUGGCAUGGACCUCGAUGAGGGGCUGCGAAGGUCGUCGCGCAAGAGUCGGGCCGAGUUGGAAGCCGAUGCGGAGGGAGAUGUGACGGGUCGUCUGCCUGCACUGUCGAGGAUGUCGACGCCCGAAGCGGACGACGGGGUCGACUCGAUGGCUGUGAGCUCGACGAACCCUUUGGCGGUCUUCGACGUCCGACCCACGGAAGAGUCGAACGCCAACGAAGAGGCCGCCUCGCAACUGCGUGCCUCGGAGGACGCAGAAGCCUCCACCAAGGGUUGGGCUAAGAGCACCGUCCGCGCCCUCCGCGUCGUCCGCUCGCAGCUCUCCCCCACUACCGAGGAGGAGUCGCGCUUCGUCGAACUCGAUGAGGCGGAGGAGAAGAAGCUGUCGUUCCAAAAGAUCUCGACCAACGCAUCGCGUCGUGCCGCCGCCGGGUUCUUCUUCGAGAUGCUCGUGCUGGGCACCAAGGACUGCGUCAAGCUCCAGCAGGACGAGGCGUACGGAGACAUCAAGGUCGGCGCUAAGGACAAGCUGUGGAACGCUUCCGCCCCGGCAACCCAGGCGACGCAGGCGACCGCAGCUUGA